AUGAGAGUCAUUAUUGUCGGAGCCGGCCUCGGCGGUCUCUGCGCCGCGAUUGGUUUCGCGCGGAAGGGUCAUGAAGUCCAAGUUCUAGAACAACGUCCCAAUCUCGCUCCCACGGGCGGCGCCCUCAACAUACGACCCGGUGCCUCAAAGAUCCUCAUAGGCUGGGGAUUAUCCAACGACUUGGCAAGCGUCUCCAUCGACACUCCGGCCAAUGUUCUCCGAAACUUGACGACCGGAGAGGUAGCGACUCGAGCUGUUGCGACCGACAUCUCUGAUUACCCGGAUUGGGGCACCAACCGAGACGUUCUCGUCGAGAUCUUCUACCGACAAGCCAAGGAGGCCGGUGCCACCGUUUUGUUCGACGUUGCCGUUACCAAAGUGGAAGAAACCGCACAGGAAGCAGUUGUUAACCUCCGAGACGGGACCCGACUUGUUGCGGACAUCGUGCUUGCCGCGGAUGGGAUCCGUUCGAUCAUACGAGAGCAGAUUCUUCGGGGGACGGGUCGGCCGAUUGAUCCUAUCGUCACCGAUGUGACACUCUACGGGGUGCGUCUUACGAAGGAAGAGAUGGUGUCUGAGCCUGGGCUGGAGCCUUUGAUGGACCAGUCCUAUCUCAACGUAUACAUGGGUGACGACGGCAUUGUACACGUGACCAGCAGAUACAACAGCACCCUGGGGUCGUAUGCUGCGCUCUUCGGCGUCAAGGGUAGUACCGACCAGCGAGGGCUGUGGGAUGAGAGGGGCGACAUCGAAUACGUUCGCAAGAUGUUCAAGGGGGCUUGCCCUGAGAUCCGCAAGGUGCUCGACGUAGCAAAGACCUGUGACAGAUGGCGACUUGCCGAGCUUCCCGACCUACCUCGGUGGACCAGUGAAGGCGGGAGAAUUGUACUGCUUGGCGACUCUGCGCAUGCGAUGCAGCCAAGCGCAGCCCAAGGGUUUUCGCUUAUUGUCGAAGAUAUCGGUGUCUUGGAAUACUUGAUUUCCAAGUCUCCCAAACCCGCAGCAAACGUACCGGCGAUCACUUCCGACUGGCAGAACAUCAGAAAGGCCAGAUGCGAGCGAAUCAAGAAGUGGGCAAGUCACAACACUGAACUAUUCACCAGCCCGUCGAAGAAGCUCCCACCGAGCUCGGGUCAAUGGCAAGUGAAGUCGCUCAAAAACGUCAAGCCCGAUAUGAAUGCGGAGCUCGGAACCUCAGCUUUUUUGAAAUGGGCUCAAGGAACAGACGCAAUUGCAGAGGCCGACCGCUAUCUACAGACCGAGAGGUCUCGGCUCUGA